GUGUGUUAGAGAGAGAGAGCGCUCGGCGGACAGCGCGGUGCAUGCCGGCGGUCUGAGCUCACACUCACAGCCCUAUGCCCUGACACAGGAAGCGGACGGAACGCUGCGAGCAUGGGCCUCAUAUUCGCCAAGCUGUGGAACUUUUUCUGCAAUCAAGAGCACAAAGUUAUAAUUGUGGGACUUGAUAAUGCAGGGAAGACUACUAUCCUUUAUCAAUUUUUAAUGAAUGAAGUUGUUCACACAUCUCCGACUAUUGGAAGCAACGUAGAAGAAAUUGUAGUUAAGAAUACACAUUUUCUGAUGUGGGAUAUUGGAGGCCAAGAAUCUCUGCGCUCAUCGUGGAACACCUAUUAUUCAAAUACAGAGUUCAUUAUCUUGGUUGUUGAUAGUACGGACAGAGAGAGACUUUCAAUUACAAAAGAAGAGCUAUACCGAAUGUUGGCACAUGAGGACUUGAGGAAGGCAGCUGUGCUUAUCUUUGCAAACAAACAGGACAUGAAAGGGUGUAUGUCGGCAGCUGAUAUUUCAAAAUACCUCACCCUUAGCUCUAUAAAGGAUCACCCAUGGCAUAUCCAGUCCUGUUGUGCCCUCACAGGAGAGGGAUUAUGCCAAGGCCUUGAAUGGAUGACUUGCAGAACUGGAGUAAGAUAACAUGGUACAACACACAGGACUUGUAUUUAUUCUGUGACCUUAAACAGUCUCCUCAAGUACCCUACAAUAUCACGAUGCUUGAUUCAUAACAAAUUCAAUCGCUCUCUCUCUCAGCCACACUUGAAUCAAGUGCAGGCGUAUUGGAAAAGAACUGAAAUAGAUCUCCAUGAACCAUAAACAACCUCAAUGAACAAAAAAAUAUUUUAUAUAUAUAUCUAACAGUUCAUCUGUUGUACAGCCAGAGUCAAAUCAAUGCAAACACUGCCGUUGUUUUCAACUCUUUCCAUCAAGGAUACUUAAUGGGUCAAGAUAUAUAUGUAUUUUUUUAAUUUUUUUUUUUUUGUACCAUGUUUUGGGAGAUGUCAGAGAGAGCAUUAUACUGUACAGCCAUGUGCUAUGACUUUAUUUAAAUAUAUUACACUUUUUUUUUUUUAGUCAUUUAAGCUAUUGAUCAGCAUAUCAUUGUAGAGUAUGGAAUGUUGAUCUUUUUAACACUUGCGUGUCUGGAUAUGUGCAACCCUCUCCCUGGUACUCAAGGUAUUUUAUUUAUUGUACAUUUAAUCUGUCUUCUUCAUAUAACAUUUUACGGCUUACCCCAAUCACUAACUGCAGUCUUAUUUGAAAUGUAUUUUUUUUAUUUUAAAGCCUACUGUUUGCAUUCUAGGAAAUUGAACUUAUAACAUCUUAAAAUUCUCAGUGUUGUUAGAAGGGGUAUUUGUUACAGACCCUUCCUAAUGCACUGUGGAAACCUCGGAAAUAUAGCAGUUUCCUAUUUUAAGUUUUUGCUAGAAUAAACUUUUAAUGUAAGGAGGGCAAAUAGGGCAAUGGAUUCUUACCUGUAAGGAAUUGAAUUAUAAUUUAGCUUUUUGGGGGUAUUAUAUGUUGUAGUUGUUUUUUUUUUUUUUUU